AGAUGUGAACUGUGUGUCCUUCGCUGCUUUUUGUGAUUAAUGUCACCCAAAACUCAAAUCAAGGGCUGACCGGAAGUCGUUUCAAUAUUGUCGAGUGUUAAAAUUUCAUUAGACUAAUGACCAGUAACUUGAGGGAGGAGCUGGCUGAUUCGUUUUCAUGCACUCUGUCGCUCCUGUGACAUUUAUCUUUUUUCCUAUUUGUCACAGCAUAUUAGUGGGAUUAUUACAGUCUUCCUUUGAAAAUGCGCCAACAUUUGAUAUGUAACUAAGGAGUGUUCCUCAAGAAUGCUGAUGUAAUUUUCGAGAAGAGCCCUUCCCCAAAUCUAAAACCGCUCUCCGAGAACGAGGUUAUAUCUCUCAUCUCGGAUAAUAUGGAUGAUGUAAGUGCUACAUUGGAUGGUAGCAUGUAAUUACUGAAGCCUAUGUGAUGAUAUCGGGUUGGAUGAAGGACUGUUGUGUGAAUUCCUCUCUUGAUGUCGUCAUCAUCUUCCAUGACAUGAUAACGUUCUGUAGAAAUACGUCAUUGUUCCGCAUGAAGCCAAGUUCUAGAAAACCUAUCAGUCCUUGGUAGGCAGAUUAGGUAUGCUGAAUAUUUCCGAUGACGUCAUGAGACGAUUACCCAGCUAAUGAAUGUGUGACUUUUCGAGCUUGGUAUUUGGGAAAUAGGAGCGUGAACUGCGUCAUAGAAUUAUUAUUAUUAACCAUAACUAGCCUCUAAAUCGUUCAGAAAAUGUAUCUAAGUUUCGCAGUUAACAUUCUCUGUUGCCUCGGUACCCUACUCUUAAAAAAUCUGAAAACCGUUUGCACUUAGGAACUAUAAUUACGUAACAGGUCCGACACGCCUAUAUCUGCAGCGAUUUUUUCCAGAAAAUUCCAUAAUCAGACCACACCUUUAUAUCGCACGGCAACACUGUUACCGUGAAUCUACUGUGCACUGUGCAGGGUAUUUCGGGUACCUUCUACUAAUGUUACAGUUUCAGAUCGCCUCUAGGCAUUCUGACUUCCUUUUAUGGGCAUUAAGAUAGUAAACAAUCAGCAUCGAGCUGCUGAUCAUAUAUUUCACGACUGCUGUCAUUGUCGUAGUCAGUCCUUCUUGUUCCUUCUCAACUGUUCCUGUCGCUACGUAAACCUACGGAUCUGAUAGAAUUUUACAAUUUGCCACGGCUAGAAGUGUCCACUCUUCAAAAAUCUGAAAUGUUACCUCCACUAUUACCGACUCGUGUCUUAUCGGGGUCGUCUCAGUUGGCCCCCCCAGAGAAGUCACCUCGAACCAGGCUUACUUCUCCACUCGACUGUAUUAACCCGUUUUCUUUCUACCUUGCUUUAAAGUGUCGGGAGUAUAUCCACAACUACAUCACCCCCCGCAUCAUUGCCAUGUCCUACCCGGCCCAGGGAUUGGAGGCUGCCUACCGAAACAAGCUUAAAGACGUGGCUGAACUCCUCGAGUCCAAACACAAGGACAAGUAUUUGAUAAUCAACGUCAGUGACAGAAGCUAUGACACCAGCUUUUUUAAGAAUCAGGUAGUAGAGUUCGGCUGGCCUGAUCACCAUGCCCCCUCGAUGAAUCUGCUGAUCUGUAUUGUUAAAACUAUGGACAGUUGGCUCCGUGAGGAUCCUGACCACGUCAUAGUGUGUCACUGUAAAGGUGGCAAGGGACGCACAGGGGUCGCCAUAGCUGCAUACAUUCAGUUCAGUAACAGAAACCUUACUCCUGAAGAGGCCCUGGGCAAGUUCGCAGACAAACGGUUCUAUGAAGAGUCACUAGGGGGCGUAACCCAGCCUUCACAGCGCCGUAUGGUGCAUUACUUCAGUUCUAUUCUUAAGAAUGAAAUCCAACUUGAGAACAGACAGCUAAUUUUAAACACUCUUAUUCUGUUUGGCUGUCCUCAGAUAGACGGUAAACAUGGCGCCAAGAUCUGUUUCUGUGUUUAUGAGGGACUGAGAUUAGUUCACACUACUAAAGUGUACGGAGUAACUCCAGACAGAGAACACGUGUAUAUCAACUUUGACAAUCUCAAACUUCAGUCUGAUGUUAUGAUCAAAGCUUUUCACAUCGGUAAAACCGGACAAACUUGCAUUCUGCGUGUUCAGUUCCACACAGCCUUUGUGAAGAAGGAUUACAGUAUGGUGUUCAGGAAGAAAGAUAUCGAUAUCGCCUGCAGAGACGACAGAUUCCCAGAUGAUGGGGUGCUCCAGGUUAUCUUCAAGCCUCGUGCCAGUGUGGUGACAGAUACUUUAGACAGUUCUGCCCAUCAUUCUCUCAUUACUGAUCAGAAAGAGGCUCAAGAGUUGGAGCAGCUGACUCAGGACAUUUCCCUCAUGAGCUUUGACUACGCUGACUUUUCCUCCUUCUUCACUGACAACCCGUUGAGUGAAUCUCUUCAGAAUGAGUUAGUAGAUGGCAUUUUGCAGCUACAUGAUGAUUACAAGCUGAUAUCACCUCUUCUCCCAUUCUCCCCCUCUCCUCCUCCUUCUUCUGAUCAAGACAGUGGAAAAGGUGAGAGUCCCCCUGCUGGAGCUCCACCCCCUCUACCACCUAAGGGCAAGAAUAAGGAUAUUUCUCCUAGAGGCAGAGAUUGCUCCUUGAAUAGGAGCAGGGACUGCUCUCUCAAUAGAAGCAGAGAGAAGCCUCUUCCUAGAAGAGAUAAUUCCCUCCCAAGCAGAGAAAAUUCUGUCCCAAAUAGGGACAAUUCUCUCCCCAAAAGAGACAAUUCUCUCCCUAAGAGCAAAGAAGCUCGCCCGAAGAGUAGAGAAAUGAUCCUGGAUAACACAGCUCGUCCAGCAUUACCUCCAAGAAGUGGAGCUCGACCACCUCCACCAGAAAAUGCUAACAUCCUCACUAGCUACCUUGUUGAGAGCAAGGAAGAAGUUGAUUAUCUUUCAUUUGAAAUAGCAACCCCUGUCAGAAACCUUGUGGAACACUUUGAGAGGGAAGAUGAAACUAAUAACUUUGAAAAGGAAGAUGAGAAUAACAACUUCGUAAACUGGGUUAAAUUUGACGAAGAAGAUGAGGAAAUAGACGAUGCUCUGAUAGAUCUGAAAACUCCACCCGGAACCAUGUCGCCACCUGAUGCUGUUUUCAAGGACAAGUCUCUAGAGCGCCCUUGUAAGAGCAAGCUAGCUGCUUCCGCUUCAGAACCUGCAGAGGGCUGCCAGAAUCGUCGAUCUGCUCAUAUGGACAGAGACAGAAACAAACACACAACCGUGGAAAGGAAAACUAAAUCUUUGGAGUUAAACUCAGAGAAUACUGUUGAUAACACCGAGAAGGAAAAAGGCAAGGGAGAUCGCAAAUCCACAUACAUACCAUAUUUGAGACGGAAGGAGUCCAUAAAGAAGGACAAGUCUGGAAAGAAACAAUAUGUGCCGUAUAAGAACCGAACAGAUAGUUUUGGAACCAACUCCAGAUCAAGUUCGGAAAGUUCUGGAUCAUUCCUCUCCCCGCCACCCUUACCUCCACGAGGAGACAAAGCAGCACCAGGGCCAGGGUUUGGACCUACCACCAACGCUACUCUUUCUCAAGAGAUGUAUUGUGAUUCUGACGACAACUUGGCUGUGCCACCUCGCAGAUUGGGAUCACUCUCCAAAAGCAUGGACCAUCUCCCGAGCAGUAAUAAGGUUUCCAUGGAGUUCGACACCAGACAAACAUCUGAUCCAGACUCAGUAGAGUUCAGUUUACAGAACUGGGAGAGAGCACAAAAGAGGAUGAUAAUUCAGCAAACGAAGACCAUUUGGUUCAGGCCGGAUAUCUCUCGGCAGGAAUCGCAAGCCACCCUCGUUUCACAAUGUCCUGGUGCUUUCAUCAUUAGGACCAGUCAAACUAAACCCAAUUCUUUCGGACUGACGAUCAGGCUGGACGACGGGCAAACACACGAAAAAUUCGAUCUCCACCCCGGGUCUCACAAAGUCAGCAAUUUCCUUAUCUUGAGGAAAGAUAACCGCAAUCUCUUUAUCAACGGUUACAACGACGUGGACUUCCUUACUCUAGAGGACCUAGUAGAGCACUUCACAAAUCACACAGGAGGACUGCCUCACCCUCUUUGUGUACCGACACAGCCAUACGCGGACCGCAUUGAGAAAGUAGUCCCCAUGUUGCUGCGUAACGUUAACUUCCCCGUGUUUAUCCUCGAGAAGAGGUGUAUUAGAUACCUCCCUCUGGAUAGUUUCGAGGAGGACAAUGUUAAGACCCUGCUGAACGAGACCAUCUCUCAGCUGGACGUGGAGGAUGUGCGUCUUAUCUCCAUGUCCGUCACAAAACACGGCAUCACUCUCACUGACCCGGACUGUGUUCUAUUCGACGUGUACAGCAUCCCGUACAAACAAAUCAAAAACUGUGAGAUCGGGUCCCGCGAACAAAUCGUAUCUCUACCGAACACGUACAGUACGAAAACAGCCAGCACCUUCGGUUUGAUUCACCGAGAUAAGGAUAGUGAGAUCAUUUACAUAGCUUUAGCGGAGUACGAGGAUAAGGGCAUCUUCAUCACUAAAACUAUCAACAAGUUUAGAUCGUAUUUGGUGUGAAUACGCGUUUUUAAUGGUUGUUACAACCGAUUUGAAAAAUUCCUAGUAUUACGGAUUAUGAUGUUCCUUCUCUUUUUAUUUGUAUAGAUACAUUUGGGGUGUAAUAUAAACUGAUUCACAUGAUCUGAUUUUAGAUUAUUUUUCAUGUGUUUUAAAUUCUGUUAAAUUCUUGAUUCUUAUGAGAUUAAGAUGAUGAUGUGUUUUAACGUUAUUCAUUAUGCAUUGGGGCAUAUGACUUAACACUGCCGUAGCGCCACCCUUGUCGAUUACAUUUAUGUUUUAUAUUAGAAUUGAAUUAAAUAUUUUGAUAGAAAUUAUUAUGUGAUUGACUCAGUAGCUGAAGCAGAUUCCAUUGAACACUGCUCAUGUUUCUAUUAUUACCUUUUGGAUGUAUAAAACACUACCGCAUUUUAUCCAGUUAUAUAAUUUAUUAAAUCGUUUUUAAAUCUGAAUUCGGUGAGGGACUUCUACCUCUCUCAGCAGCCACAUUCUUUGAAAUACAUGAAAUUACUAAUUAGUGGUCACAAAUUCAAACUAAAUGCCUGAACUUGAAGUAUCUAUGUAUCGCUAAUAUUUUAACGACAAGUACUGUGUGUACUUAACGACCAAAUCCAAUUACUGAUGCUAUAUCUCCGUUUGUGCAGUCUGUACUUGCCUGUAACCUUGUUAAACCACAUCCGUUUUAAAUUUACCCGCCCGAGUAUUCUUCAACACUGAGGUGAAAUAA